GUAACCUGUUACACCUGUCCUCUCUGUCAUCUAGGUAACCUGUCGAAGACCUGCACCAGUGAUGGCUGGUCUGAGGUUAGCCCUGCUUCCUAUGCACUGAAUUGUGGGUACAACGCCAACGUCACCAAAGUUGAUGAUGAUGACACGGAGGAGUUCUACUGGGCAGUGAAAGUAGGCUACACUAUUGGACACAGUCUCUCUCUCAUCUCCCUCACCAUCGCCAUCGUCCUACUCUGCACUUUUAGGAAGUUGCACUGCACCAGAAACUACAURCACAUGAACCUGUUUGUGGCGUUCAUACUGAAAGCCAUUGCCGUCUUCAUCAAAGAUGUGGUUUUAUACGAGGUCGGGGAGUCCGACUGUCAACCUGAAACUGUGGGAUGUAAGGCAGGGGUUGUCUUCUUCCAGUAUGGCAUCAUGACCAGUUACUUCUGGCUAUUGGUCGAAGGCCUCUACAUCCACACCCUAUUGGCUGUCUCCUUCUUCUCCGAGAGGAAGUACUUCUGGUGGUACAUUCUGAUUGGCUGGGGGGCCCCAACUGUUUUUAUCACAGCUUGGGUUAUUACAAAGGCUUAUUUAAAACACUCUGGGUGUUGGGACAUUAUUAACGACCAUCCCUGGUGGAUCAUCAAAAUGCCAAUAUUACUGACCAUACUGGUCAACUUCAUCCUGUUCAUCUGUAUAAUCCGGAUCCUGCGUCAGAAAAUGAAUUGCAGAGACAUAGGAAGGAAAGAAUCUCAUCAAUACUCGAGGUUGGCUAAAUCCACGCUACUGUUGAUACCUCUGUUCGGAAUCAACUACAUCGUCUUUGCCUUCAUCCCUGAAGACAUCAACACUCGAAUCAGGAUGGUCAUUGACCUGAUUCUAGAGACCUUUCAGGGAUUUGGGGUUGCAGUCCUGUAUUGUUUCCUAAAUGGAGAGGUGCAGGGGGAGGUGAAGCGUAAGUGGCGGCGGUGGCACAUGCAAAGGUUUCUGGGUAAAGGAGACACCAAAUACCAGCAGCCCCAGGAUCUGGGUAGCAACGGUAACAACUUCAGCACCCAGAUCACCAUGCUGACCAGGUGUAGCCCCAUCACACGUCGAGCUUCCGACUGCCAGGAACACUUCUCUGCUAUCUGAGCCCAGCUCUGGGUGGUAACAGAGGGCAGAGAAGAGGAGGCAACAGAGACGAGCUGCACUGAAGCACUGUUCAGUAUUCAGUCAGCACAGCAGAGACCACCAGCCAACCACACACAACAACAGCAAUGAUAGGCUUAGAUCAGGAAUGCCCUCGGUCCCCUUUUGUAAGCCGCGGACCAAUUUAACACAAUUUAUUUUGCUUGUUUUUUUGUUUAAUUUAGGAAAACAGUUCCCAAGUAUUCCUACAAAAAAA